UCCACGCUCUGACUCGCGUCGAGUUCUCGUGGUGUCGGACGGAGGAUCGUUUUGCUCCCCGCCAGCCUGCAUGUAUGUUGUGUUGUGAGUUCCCCAACAUGGCUUUGCACAACGGAGUAAUGGAUUCAGUCGUGAUUCACAACGGCAACAGCGAAGUGCCCAUAAAGGACCACGACGCGAUCAAGCUGUUCAUCGGCCAGAUCCCGCGCAACCUGGACGAAAAGGAUCUGAAACCGCUCUUUGAGCAAUUCGGGAAGAUCUACGAGCUUAUAGUGCUCAAGGACAAGUACACAGGCAUGCACAAAGGCUGUGCGUUUCUCACCUACUGUGCCAGAGAAAGUGCCAUCAAAGCGCAGCACGCCCUCCACGAGCAGAAGACACUUCCAGGGCUAACCGAAUUAGUCACUCGAGGACUUCCUGUUCAACGUUCAGGAAAAGAAACAAAGCAGCGACGUGUUUCAAUUGAACCUGAUAUACUGUAA